AUGAGCUCAACCCCUUGCACAGCAUGCAGCUGGACCCCUGAACGCCAAAAAUACUGCAGCUACGAAAGCCACCUCAAGUUAUUCUACGAAGCCGGCGACCGAGGCGUCUGGUCAAUUGGCUCAAAGGUGAUACUAAAGGAUCGAGGUUCCAACCUUCCAACCUCCGAGGUACCAAAUAUCCAGUUCGUGCAGGAGCAAACCUCUAUUCCCGUUCCCACUGUCAUUAAAUCCUGGGAAGAGGGCAAACACACGCUCAUACUGAUGCGACGCAUCCCCGGUGAACCUUUGAGCAACGUCUGGUCCAAACUGACAAUAGACGAAAAGAAUAAAAUUGCAAAGCAAACCGCUGAGUAUCUCCAGCAACUUCGCAAUCUCCAAUCUGAUAAAAUCCAAUGUCUUGGCGGUCGUCCUGUGUUUUCCAAUUUCUUGUUCAAGAACAAGGGAUUAAAUGAGGUUCCCCGCGGUCCUUUUGCAUCUGAUGACGAGCUAUGGGCUGAGAUGGAGCGUGGGUUGAAUGAGAAGAUCCCAGAGGCUGCAAGAGUACGGCUUCGACAGUGCAUGCCGUCUGCCAUGCCUUAUACUUUUACGCAUGGUGACCUGACAAAUGUGAAUAUUAUGGUGGAGAAUGGUGAGCUUACUGGGAUUAUUGAUUGGGAGACGGCUGGGUAUUUUCCUGUGUGGUGGGAAUAUGUCUGCACUUCGGUUCCUGAUAGUGAGGAGGAUAGAGAGUGGAAGACGUUGUUGCGACAGUAUAUGCCUGAUUAUAGUGUCGCUCGUGGAUUUUGGUUGGAAUAUUAUUAUCUUUGCAAGGAUCUGGAUAGUGAAAGGGCGAAGAGGCUUCUGGAGAGAAUAUAG